AUGCUCUUUUCAAAGCAAGGGUGCCGCGAUCUAAUGCGGAGGGCCAUCUCCUUGAGCUUCUGGUUUGACGAUUGCUGGCCAGCGUCGCGCAAGUACUGGUUCUCGCUGUUGUUGAUCUCGGUGAUCUGCGCCAAAUGUAUCCACAUCUACUCCCAUCUGAACUCCUUACCCUUCGGGCAAUUGCUCGUCUGGGGUCCAACAUUCUUUCUACAAGAUGUCGUGUGUGCUCUAUUCGUGCACUGCCUGUGCGCCAAGUUCCAGCGCCGAUGGGCUCGUAUUCCGGCGGCCUUUGUCGUGGUCCCACUCAGUCUGGCAAUCUCCGGUUUAUCCGCCGCAAACAUAUCCUUCUACGUCGCCACCGGUGCUGAGAUCCAUUGGCGCCAAGCCCAUAAUUUCCACGGCGAUGCCGCAGCCGUCAAAACAUUGCUUACCGGCCUGACUGGUUUGGUCAUCGUCGAGAUCGCGUUUGUCUUCGCCGCCUGGUUCACAACUCCCCACUUGUACAAUUGGUGUAAGGGAAUCGUUGCAGUUUUCAAGGGAAUCCUGCCAGCUGCUUGUCGACGGAAAAGAACUCCGCUGUUGAAGAGCUAUGAGCAGGUUGCCCCCGAGGACUGGGAUGAGGACCGGAGCUCAUCCAACUCCAGUUUCGAGCUACAGGAGCCGGCGAAGCAGGAUCAGCGACACUCUUUGUGGGUACGGGUAGCGGUUUUGGGUUUCGCAGCCUUCGUCCUCAUCCUACGUUGCACUCGCCCGUCCAAUACCGCGUACGAAUUCCUUUCCGAAACGGUGAUUGUCACACCGUUUGGCAAGGGUCAGUCCAAAGAAAAUGCGUCUGUAAUCCUGCCCGAACUGACGGGUGACUACUCGUGGCUCGGAAAUCACACGGCGCUGGCGCCGACGCCCAAGUUCGACUGGUUGCCGGCGCAUAAUAUCUCCGGGUUCAGCGACUGGUACGCCAAUGCCAACGGGACCACUCCCAUUCACUAUAACCCUAAACAGGACCCGUUGCAUAUUUCCAACCUCGACAAUGAUGUCCUCGAGCCGCUGCGCAAGGCUUUGGACACGGGUGAUGUCAAUAUUAAGCACGUGUUGCUCCUCAAGUUGGAAAGUACCCGGGCAGAUGUCUUCCCUCUUCGCAAAGAGUCAUUCUUCGGUGAUGUGAUCGCUCACUCCUUCGGUGGACAAAUCCCGGUCGAGGUCGAGCAGCGAUUGGCCAAUCUGACCCCAACGGCUGAGAGGCUGAUGAACACAGCAUCUGGGUUCAGUGGAAAUGACAAAGUAUCGAACCCUUACGGAGGUCUCCACACGACCAACGCCUAUACUUCCGACACCUUCACGCUCAAGAGCAUUCUUGCAACCGUAUGCGGAGUUGCGCCUUUGGUUGUAGACUUCAACCAGGAGUACUUGUAUCACAUAUAUCAACCAUGCAUGCCGCACAUCCUUGAGGCACUGAACGGCCAUCUCAACAACACCGAGAUCACCAACCAAACCACCAUUUCUAACCACACAACAAUUUCCAACCAUACCAAGACGGACGAUUACACAUCUUGGCCCUGGCGAUCAACAUGGAUGCAGGCCAUCACUGAUGACUACGACAACCAGGACUUGCUUACCCCUGCGAUGGGUUUCAAGCAUAAAGUGACAGAUCUAACUAUCGACGAGGACUAUGAGAAGUCCGGUCGCAAGAAGCCCAAGAAAUACAACUUCUGGGGAUAUGUCGAGAGUGAACUCGCAGAUUAUUUCCGCGAAGCCAUCAACAAUGCCGAAAAGAACAAGGAGCGACUGUUCAUCUCUCACUUGACUGGAAUUACGCACCACCCGUGGGACACACCUGACCACAAAUACGAGGAGAUGAUGUCUGCCGGUUGGUGGGGAAAAGCCAAGAAGGUCAAUCGGUACCUCAACACACUGGGUGUGGCAGAUGACUGGCUCGCCCUGCUUUUGGACAUCCUGGAAGAAACGGGGGCUGCCAACGAGACUCUGGUCGUAAUGGCCGGUGAUCAAACAGCGGCGUCACCCCAUAUGACAACCCCCCAUGUCGCAAGCUUCCACGUUCCAAUCGUCUUCGCCCACCCCCAGCUCCCACCCAUCGAGAUCGACUCUCGCGUAACUUCCAUGCAAAUCCUCCCAACAAUACUAGACCUCCUAUCCGAGUCCGGAUCCUUGGAUAAAGAAUCUAAAGCCGCUAUCAGCGACCUCCUCCCCCUCUACGAAGGCCAGUCCAUGAUCCGACCCACCAUCCCAGAGAAAGACGGAAAGCAAGACUGGCAGUUCUCCGUUAUGAACACCGGAGGAACAUGGCUUGCUCUCCGAUCCGCCGCAAAGCCGUACCGUCUCAUCAUCCCGCUAAUUUCGGAUGUCGAAUGGCGAUUCUCAAACGUUGACCUCGAUCCCCAUGAGCUGAAGGCACUGCAGGACUUCAACCUGCUGAAUCUGAUGGAUCUGGUUCUCCAGGAACAUGACGAGGAUGCUGUGCAGUGGGUGAAUGAUGCGGCGCAUGUUGCUAAAUGGUGGGUUGAGGAGAAUUGGCGUCGAUACGAGUACACGACGUGA